AUGGUUCAUAUCUCAUUACUCAAACAAGCACAAUCUGAGCAUUUUCUUUGUUUCUUCCAGUGGUUUUCAAAUCUGUGGGUUGCAGCCAUCCCGCUGAUGGAUGAAGAACUCAAUGAUUCUGAUAUAUCAUUAGAUGAUUCAGUACAUUCAGGUGAAAACGAUGAACUUGUGAAUUUGUUAGAUGUUCCAUAUACCACUACUGAGUCGCGUGAAGAGGAUUCCCUAGAAUACGAGAUAUUACACCCCAACCAAUUAUCACAAUUGAUGUCUGAUAUUACCAAAGAAGUUGAACAAAUAAUUCAGAUUCCUCCGACUUAUUUACGACUAUUACUUGCUCAUUUUAAAUGGGAUAAAGAUGCAUUGAUGGAAUUUUAUUUUGAACAUGGAAAAACAGAUACAUUUGCUCAAACAGGUAUUUUAGACCCUAUGGAUAUCCCAGUGACAGGAUCAAGGAAUUUGUGUGAAAAGAAAAACGAAAUCGUUUGUGAUAUAUGUUUCCUACCAACUACUCCAAGUCAAAUGUUUGGAUUGUCUUGCGCUCACUACUUUUGUUUAACUUGUUGGCAGCGUUAUCUUAAAAUUAAAAUAAUGGAAGAAAGUCAAAUUGACCGAAUUUAUUGUCCUUCAUCCAAUUGUCGUAUAAUUGUUGAAGAUGAGGUUGUGUUUCAAAUGAUUACUGAUCAAAAUGUACGCAAGCAUUUUCACAAGCUGAUAUCUAGUAGUUUUGUUCUCCAUAAUCGUGCAUUAACUUGGUGUCCAGGUGUUAACUGUGGACAUGCCGUGCGUUGCUUUGGUCCCCGAGAACCAUAUCAAAUCACUUGUACUAACUGUGGUGAAUGCUUUUGUUUUGCCUGUGGUCAACCAUGGCAUGAUCCAGUUCGCUGUGAACAGUUAAGAACAUGGAUUAAAAAGCUUGAAAAUGAUAGCGGUACGCUUGGCUGGAUUGCAGCUAACACUAAAGAGUGUCCAAAAUGUCGUGCAACUAUAGAAAAAAAUGGUGGUUGUAAUCACAUGACCUGUCGGAAUGUUGAUUGUAAGCAUGAAUUUUGUUGGAUGUGUCUAGAUCGAUGGGAGCCCCAUGGAUCACGAUGGUACACAUGCAAUCGUUAUGACGACUCCGCUGCUAAAUUGGCUAGAGAAGCUCAAGCUAGUUCAAGGUUAUCACUUGAUCGCUAUCUUUUUUAUUCAAAUCGUUAUUUAAAUCAUAUGCAGUCGUUGAGUAAUCAAAGUGAUUUAGAACAAUCUACAGAACAGUUAUCGGAAUAUCUAGAUCGUGAUUUAUCUAAUAUCAAUUUAAAUGAAUUAAAACAGAAAAUGCAAGAUAAAGCCAGAUAUUGUGAAAGUCGCCGAAAUGUCCUUUUAGACCACGUACAUGAAGGUUAUGAUAAAGGAUUUUGGGAGCAAUCUGACACUUGUUAGUGUUUGCGUAAAUGUAUGUUCAUCCAUCCACACGCACAUAGACUAUCACAGUCUUCGUUUCCAUGUGUAUAGUUCCUAUUUUUGAAUCACUAUGAUCUCGUUGAUAUCAAUUUUUCUAUUUUCCCUCGUUCAUGCGUACCUCAGUAGUUUUGCUUAUGUAUAUGCACUCUCAGUAAUA